AUGGCUUCAUCACUAAGACGAGCUGUUCAUAAGAACCUAGAGUGUCCUGUCUGCCUGGGCUUCCCAAAAGCUGCCAAGAUGUUGACAUGCUCCCAUACCUUCUGCAAGGGUUGUCUAGAAAGACUACUCGAAUGUCAUCAAGAUAAACAAAACAUUUCAUGUCCAGUAUGCAGAGAGUCCACACAAAUUUCAAAUGGAGACAUUGGUAAACUGCCGACAUGCAUAGCACUGACGUCCAUGAUAGCUGAUGCGGCGACUCAAAAAAAGGAGCACAAGAACGUCAAAGAUGGGGAAAUGUCUGAUUGCGACGUCACAUUGAAGAGAUCGUGUAAGUGUGAGGAACACUUGAAUGGUGAUGAAGAAUGUUUCUGCGUCAACUGCGGCAAGUACAUAUGCUACAGAUGCGGUGUAGUAGAGCAUGUACAAGAAGGACAUAAGGUAAAGGAAGCAGAAAGACAUAAAAGUGCCGUGAAAACAAGCAUUGAGGAGCUGAUAUCAAAAGCAGAGGCAAAGAAAAGUGACAUCGACAAACACAUUGCCUGUAUAGCCGAACAACAGGAAAAAUGUGAGAUGGAUGAGAAACAACUCCAUGACAAUGUCAACAAAGCUUUUGAAAAUCGGGUUGUCGAACUGAUAGAGCGUAAAGAGUUCCUGAAAAGUGAAGGAAGGCAGGAGCUAAAAGAGAUCAAAACAUCAUUGCUAGGAAUGGAUGAGACAUCUUGUCAGCAGAAAAAACGGAUAGACACGCUUUGUGAGUUGGUAAAGAAUGGUCUGAGAGGUCCUCUGCAGAAUGUGGCUCUGAAAGCGCACAGCACCUUAUGUGAAGAACUAGAACAUCUCCUGGACCGAGCAGAACUUGAUCAGGAAGGGCUGAGAAGAAUGAAAGAGCAGCGUGAACAUAUUCGCUUUGAAAGUAACAAGGGACCGACUAAAAACAUGUUGUUAGGCCAUGUUCGUACAGGAGAACCCAAAUGGACAUUGGUGGCAGACAUACAGCUACCAACAGCCAACAGUAUGAAUAGUUUGGCAGCAUCACCUAACAAUACCAUGUCUGUAGGUUGCUAUACAGGAGGAAUAGUCACCUAUUCUGCACAUGUUCUCAUUGCAUGGGUGAACCAGAAGGAGGGCACGGUGAACAUCUCUCUCUACACGAGUGAGUUGAAAGUUACGAAAGCCAUCGUCAGCCACUUCAAAUUUCCAAUUCCAGAACGACACUGGUACUAUCUUCAAACAUUCAAGAGCGGGGAGAUUGCCUUCUGCACAUCGGAUAGACUCUUCAUCAUCCGCGAAUCAUCGCGAUGA